AGGGCGGGGUGGAUCCAGCCGGUGUCUCCUCUCUGCUGCAGCGGCCAUGCUGCUGUCCGCCGCCUCGCUCCGCGCAUCCCGCUCCUCCGCAGGUGAAACCGGCCGCCGCUGCAUCCCCGCGUCCCGGGUUGACUCACAGGCCCGGCGCGGCUAGGCUCGGCCGCAGCGGUUCGCCCGAACUGGAUCCGCCGGAACGGUGCGGAACGCGGCGGCGGUGAGGAGGGGGAGGAAGAGGAGAAAGGCUCCUUAGCAACAAACCGGUUUCAUGGCAUUAUUGGGAUGGACAGGACACUGCGGAUUAAACUUUGACCUGUGCCAAAAAGCCCCAAAAUGAACUGGAUCAGAGAGAUAAUGGUUUAUUGAUUUGGGUUUUAAGCAGGACGGGUUUCGCUUGGUUUGUUCGAAAGCCAGACAGCUGAGGUUAUGGUUGGGUCAGAGAGACUGCAGUGAAUUAGCCUCAGGGAUUGAAUAUAUGAGGUCAAAGAUGAUUGGCAGGUCCUCUUAGUGUUCAUCUAGAACUCUGAGGUUCUUGAUUGGCCCAACAAUAAGAUAUCUAAAUUCUUAGCUUAGCAUUUUUAAGGUCCACUGUUCCACUUUGGUAGAGUACCACUGGAUUUACACCCUGAUGUGAAAACAUUCCUGAACCACACUGGACCAGAAUUGGUGAUAAAAGAUCACCACUGGAUUUUGCCAAUCCUGAUACUGUUUGAGGACCAAAUAUUACUGGUUUGAAUGGGAAUAUUAGCCCUCUUGAACUGGGUUCGGACCACUUGACCAAGAAUUGACUCGUUUUUUGGAAUAUGAAUCUUAAAUCGGAUGAUCUCUGAGUGCAACUGUAACCUCAUUCACCAUGUCUCUCAGUAAGACCCUUGAGUUGGAGCAUUUCGACGAACGGAACAAGGUUCGCCGGGGACGCUCCACCCGACCCAAACGGGAUGACUCCACCGGCAGCGGUGGGGGUUCUGGCCCCAGUUCCAGGGGCAGCAGCCUGGUUCCCAGUCCUGCCCACAGCGCCAACUGCAGCUACUACCGGACCCGCACCCUGCAGGCCCUCACCUCAGAGAAGCGGGCCAAGAAGGUCCGGUUCUACCGCAAUGGGGAUCGGUACUUUAAGGGCCUGGUGUACGCUGUUUCUAGUGACCGGUUCCGGUCGUACGACGCGCUGCUGAUGGAGCUAACUCGAUCGUUAGCAGACAACCUUCAUCUGCCGCAAGGAGUUCGUACAAUCUACACCAUAGAUGGCUGCAAGAAGAUUACCAGUAUGGACGAACUGGUGGAAGGCGAGUGCUACGUCUGCGCCUCUAACGAACCGUACCGGAAGGUCGACUACACCAAGAUCUCCGUCACCAGCUGGAAGCCCGGCGCCGGUUCUGGAACCGCCGCCGCCGCCUCCAGCCGGACCCCGACGGCGUCCACCGGCGUGUCGACGACCGCCGGCGCCGUGGCCAAAGAGCGGCCCGAAGGUCGGGAGGGCAGGGAGAGCAAAGACUUCAUCAAACCCAAACUGGUGACGGUGAUCCGGAGCGGCGUGAAGCCGCGCAAGGCGGUGAGGAUCCUGCUCAACAGGAAGACGGCGCACUCCUUCGAACAGGUGCUGGCGGACAUUACAGAGGCCAUCAAGCUGGACUCUGGGGCGGUGAAGAGGCUCUACACCCUGGACGGGAAGCAGCUGACCUGUCUGCAGGAUUUCUUCGGGGAUGACGAUGUGUUCAUGGCGUGCGGGCCGGAGAAGUUUCGUUACGCGCAGGACGACUUUGUGCUGACGCAUUCUGGGAAAACGGCGACCUUCGUGAGCGAGUGCAGGACCAAAACGCCUCGUCCAGCCGCUCCUCAGAAAACCCCCAAAACUCCCAGCAGCUCCAGCUUCUCCUCCUCCAGGACGCCACCCAAAGGUUUAUCCAGGACCAAGUCACCGGGCUCAGCCAAUGAGGCGUCUGGAUCCCAGUCGGCUGUAAAGUCCAACAGAUCCAGUCCGUCUCCCACCAGUCCCGGGACGCGACGCAACCUAAAGAUUUCUCCUCGCCGUGCGUCUUCCACUGAGGUGAACGGGGAAGCCGAGCAGCCGGACGAUGCAGAGGAAGUGAACGGAAACCGAUCCGUUUCGUCCUCCACCAUCAACGAGAAGUACAAGGUGGGAAAAGUGAUCGGAGACGGAAACUUUGCUGUGGUGAAGGAGUGUGUGGAGAGGUCGACCGGUCAGGAGUUCGCUCUGAAGAUCAUCGAUAAAGCUCGAUGCUGCGGGAAGGAACACCUGAUAGAGAACGAGGUGGCGGUUCUGAGGAGGGUCCGGCAUCCCAGCAUCAUCCAGCUGAUCGAGGUGGACGAGACGCCCACGCAGCUCUUCCUGGUCAUGGAGCUCGUUAAGGGCGGCGAUCUGUUCGACGCCAUCACCUCCUCCACCAAGUACAGCGAGCGAGACGCCAGCGCCAUGGUGUUCAACCUGGCCGGCGCCAUCAAGUAUUUACACCGGAUGAACAUCGUCCACCGAGACAUCAAACCAGAGAACCUGCUGGUGUGUGAAUAUCCGGACGGCACCAAGUCCCUGAAGUUGGGCGAUUUCGGUCUGGCGACGGUGGUGGAGGGUCCGCUGUACACCGUCUGCGGCACGCCGACGUACGUGGCGCCGGAGAUCAUCGCUGAGACCGGUUACGGUCUGAAGGUGGACAUCUGGGCGGCGGGAGUCAUCGCCUACAUCCUGCUCUGUGGAUUCCCUCCUUUCAGAAGUGAGAAUAACGUCCAGGAGGAACUAUUUGAUCAGAUCCUCAGAGGGAAGCUGGAGUUUCCAUCUCCAGACUGGGACAACAUCAGCUUAUCGGCAAAGAUGCUGAUCAGUCAGAUGCUCCAGGUGAACGUUGACGCUCGGUUCACUGCUGAGGAAGUUCUCUCCCACCUCUGGGUGACGGACGAGGCACCCGGAGAGUCCAACACUGUGAGCGGCCCUGAAGAUCACGCCAGUGAAGAGGCGCAGGAGUCGGAUCGUGAAUCUCCGAUUCUGGAGACGAAACAAGUUCCCUCACCGCUGGUUUAGGCCACAUCCCAGUCCCACCAACAUGAUGCAGACUGGGAGCAACCAACUGGGAGCUUCCUAAAGUCUCCAUUUAUCUCCAUUUAUCUGCAACCGGCUCCCUUUCAUUUCUAGGAAAGUAAAACUUUAAAAUAUAGACAGAUGUAAUUAAACAUUCUCUACUACAUUUUUGAUCCUCAACUAGUGACUUAAUUCACACAAAGUGAAGUUAUCCCAACAUCAUUUUAGGGACGAGAUGACGUUUAAUCUAAAACCAAACUGUCCAGUAGCUGCAUUUCCAUUACAAGUCUGUGCAAAAUCGUUGAUAUCCCAAAAAAACCCCACAAAUUCACAAUUACGACACUUCUGUUAAAUAAACAACAAUUAAAAUGACAGGUCUUUAAAAAUCAUGGGGCACCAUUUUCCUCAAACUACUUCCUGUCGUCUUGUUUGUCGUUUCCAGCAGUAGUAACAUCCAGUUGUUGAUCACAUGAUUUGUGCAAUGGGAAAUACACUGAUUUUGAUAAAACAUCCUAGCUCAAAAAGUUUUUCUUGAAAAAUGUUAACUUUUUUCAGAAUUGCUGUUUGCUGACAAAAGAUUUGUUACAUAAUUAAAAUUAUUUGAUUAUUGGAAACGCAGCUACUGGCAGUCAGACAAAUCCACUGUUUACUUAUAGAUUUAUUCAACACAUCCACAGGAUUUUCCCUCAGAUCUGGUCAGAAAUGUUAAAAAAAGUUUGAGAAAUUUGCCUUUCCUCUCAAAACCUUUUCCAAAUCAAAGCCCAAUAUCCCAGUUUGGACUUUUGAUUCUGAUUCCUGUUUCCAUGGAAACUAAAUCAACAGUCUUCUAUCUAGUUUCUUUUCCCUAAAUGAGGUUUUCAUUUCUAAACCGGUUUAUAGAGUAGCCUUAAGUCUAUUUUAAUUUCCAGAAAACUAAACGAGUUUGCAUUUUUUAAAAUGAACCCAAAGUUCAUUUUCUCAGCUUCUCUCUCUCUUUGGUCCUCUGACAUGGACCCAGUUUCCUGGUUCUUUACUCCAGACCAGUCUCUCCAGUAUUAAAUCCAGUUCGUCUCCUGGAAACCGUCCAGAGCGCGUGCCAAUUGAUCCCCAGAAGGUUUUGCACAAGGCCCGGUUCUGAUCCGUUAAAACAGGCGCCGCCACUGAAACCAAGCAGGACGUCCAUGAACCCACGGACACCAUCAAGGUGCUGCCGACUCCUUCGAUUGGACCUACUGAUCAAACACCACGGUCUGGAAUGAACUUUAAAUGGGAUUUUACUGGUUUUACUACAAAUAAGAACUGAUCCAACCUUCUCUGAAGUUCCUGCUAAACCAGGAUGUCUUCCAUUUAUCUGAAAAAGGUCCAACUGUUGUCUCUCCUUCACUGGAGAAAACUCACGUCUUCUUCUAUCAUCAACCAACUGAGGAGAUAUUUGAGCACUGUGCCUGUCUGCGCCGCUGAUCCAGUGUUUUGGUUUUUAUCAAUUAUCUUUAUAAAAAUAAUACAGAACCUUUGGAAAUAUCUCUCCUGAAGGAACAAUGUUUUCAUAUUUAUUUUUUGUUUGUUUAUCAACUGAAGUUUGAGUUGAUUGGAAGAAUCACGGGAAAAUGAAGGCAGCAAAUCUGAACUUUGGCUUUUCAUUAAGACAUAAUGAGCAAGAAAGAAAAGUCAGAACUCAAAACAUCCGUUAACCUGAAUCCCAUUUCCUGUUCAUCACAUCCAGGCUGCACUGCAAAAACACAAAAUAUUACCAAGUAUUUCUGUCUAGUUUCUUGUACAAAUAUCUUAAUACACGUAAAAUAAGAUGUAAGUUUUCUGCAAACGUUAGGAGCUUUAUUUUAAAUAAAUAAGUACUUUUAGUACUAGUAAAGUACUAGUUCCACUGGCAGAUUAUUUCACUGAUGACGAGGCAAAAAUGUCUUGUUAUAAGUAAAAUAAUCUGCCAAUGGGACCAGAACGUCUUUCUCAGUUUUAAAGAUUUACUUUAAAUAAUUUAGGUUUAAAUAAGCUCCUAUAUUUUGCUGAAAAGUUACUUAUAAGUUACAUUUGUCUUAUUUCAGGUGUAUUAAGGUGUUAGUACAAGAUACUAGACAAAAAUACUUGGUAAGAUUUUGUGUUUGUUGCAUUGAUAAGAAAAAGUGCUAGUUCCACUGACAGAUUUUUUAACAUAUAUGAAAAAAUUAGUCUUGCAUAUUUUGAAACAGCUUCUCUAAAUUAAUUCAGAUGCUUAACAGCAACCAAAGCUGCUGGUUCUUCUCCACCUGGCUGGAUUUAAAGGGAAACUUUAUCAUUUAAAUAACAGAGAUGAUAAAAUACUUUUGUCAGUAAUAAUUCUGAAAAAAUAUUGAGAUUUUAAUCUGGAAAAGAGAUUUGAACUGAACUUUGGAAAUGGGAUUCAGCCUCAGUCUUUAACUUCUGUUUUCUGCUUCUUCAUACUUUCACCUACUUUAAGAUAUUCUGUUUUAUUCCUGAUCAACUGACUUACAUCCAUUUUUAUCACCUGAACUGUUCAAGCAUCGCUUUAAAGAUGCAUUUGGAUUGAAUUUAAGGGCCCACUGAAGUCCAGAUGAUGAGCUCUUUGCUUCUCACUUUAUAUCAUUUUAGAUAAAAGGGUAAGACUGUAAAUAAUGUAGAUAUCGUUCUGUCAGUGUCUGUGUGCGUCUGUUGUGAAGUAGGAAAACAGUAGCAGAUUGAAGAAUAAGUAGUGUUACAAAUGAAAAGAACAAUCUCAUCGUCAAUGCCUCAAAAAAAAAAAAACUACCUAAAGAAAAUGAUUUUCCACUUAACUAAUAAACCAUUUUGACAUUUAAAUGUAAUUUCAGUAUUUAGAUAGUUAAAAAAAACAGAUAUUUGGGAUUCAAGAAAGGUAGCAAACAUCAAUGAAUCUCUUUCUUUUAUAUAAUCAUGUUACAUCCAACUAACGUUCGUCUCCAUUUGCACUUUCCAUGAAACUGUCUGUCCAAAGCUGCGUGUUUGUUUGAUGUUUUCACUUUUGGGGAAGAGGAACUUUUGAGAUGGGUGUUUGCAUCAAUGGGAAAGUAGUUCCCGUCUAUAAAACUUGAAAAGAAAGUGUCUGAAUAAACGCAUUGACCUGAUGCAGUGAUGCAACCUUUCCAUGGCCUUGACCUUUGGUUGGAGCCGCUCACUCACAGUUUGGCUGGAGGCUCUCCUGAAACUAUAAAUGUUCAAAUUCUUUGAAAUCGUUAAAAUUCAACCAUUUAUGGGCUGACUUUGACACAUAAAAGGUUUCUGUAGCCGUAAAUAUUUGGAAGAAACUGAACUUUAACUGAACAAUUCAGGCUGAAUUAUUAUUUAAGGGAAGCAUCUGAACAUUACAUGGACUGGUCCAGAAGUUACAAAUGAUUCACCACAAAUGGCAAACCUAAACCACUGGCAGCCCUCAAAGUUUAUUAAAGAUGCAAAAGUUAGUUUGAUUUUUAUUUUAUUUUUUAAGUGUUUCCUUCUUAAUAAAAUAUUUUUACGGAUUGUAUAUCACUAAAGAUCCAAAACAUAAACAGGCUUUGGAGUGCUGCCUUUUAAAAGAAAAACAUCACAUUUUCAAAUUCUUAUUUUCUGUUUGUUGGCCAAAUUUUUGCCACUAUUGACUUGAAAUCAGGGCCUGAACACAAACAUGACCUCUGACCCACAGUUUGGACGCCCCGGUUUUACAAACUCCUAUUAAUGUCCAAAGGGAUUUGAAUCAUGUGUGUCAAAGAAUCUGACUUUUGCUGAUGCAAACAGAUUUUCAGCUGCAUUUAGUUGUUUACAGUCAAAUGUUUUAGUUCCUUAAACUAAAACAUUUAAACUAAAACAGUAAAAGUUUCCGAUGAGCUCAGAUUGUUUUCAACCAUCCCAGGUUUCUCUACUUGUCACUGAGGUGUAAAAUUACAUCAACUUUUGUUAUUGCGAUUCCAACAAGUCUGUCUUUCUGAGCUGUUGUUACCUUGGAGAAAAACUCCAGCCAAACUUUGGAUUGGCGACUUGACCUUUGACCUUCUAUGCCUGCUAUGAACCCAGUGGUCUUAAUUCUUUUCUCUUUGCUUUAUACCAAACCAAGAGGAGCCUUCAGUUGUUGUUGUUUGUCCUGCUAACACCUGAGUCAAAAAUGAGAGAAAAUCUGUUCAGUUCAUGAGAAUCUUUGAUUAAAAAAAUGCUUUAGUUUUUCAAACUCUGUAAAAGAAAAAAAGCGUUCUACCAAAAUUUAUUUAGUCUUGCAGAUAAACUUUUAAGUAGUGCAUCAAGAUAACUGAAAACUUACAAAAAACAUGAAUCCAGAAUUGAAAGAAAACAUUGGAAGCAUUAGAGCCAUGUUAAAAAAAUAAAUUAAUAACAUUGUGAGAAUAAUACGAGAAUAAAGUUGUGGUAUUACUAUAAAAAGUCAUAACAUUACAACUUAAAUAUUAUGACUAAUCUGAUAAUAUUCUAACUAUUCUCAUAUGACUUUAUUCUCAUAAUUUUAGUACUAUAUUCUAAUGAAUUCAACUUAAUUCUUGCACAACUGUAUUCUUGUAAUAUUGUAACUUUAGUCUUUUAAUUUUAUUACUAUAUUCUCACAUUAUUAUGACUUUAUUCUCCUAAUUAAAUUUUUUACUUUUAGUGCGGCUCUAAUACUUAAUGGUAAAAGCAUGUACGCAGAAAUAAGUAAUAUCUGAAUUUGUAUUUAAGAUUGCAGUAAAUAGUCCAAAAAUUGACUGAUGACUGAUUAUUAUUUUUUUGUUUUUGCCACUUUUUUCUGUGUUUUCCGUCUCACUGACAGGUAACCAAAAGCAGAGAAGCAACUCUCUCAUUUUUCUAAACUUCCCAUUGAAACCUUGAGGCCAGUUCUCUUUAAAUCACAGAUAAAGCUUUACUGACAUGCAGUGUUCAGGUUUUAUUGGACCGUGCAAUGCGGAAAUCAAAGAUAAGACGUAGCUGAACUGAUUUUUUCCCAAGCAGAUUGAAUCAGGUGGCUUUACUUACUGGGCCCUGUUUGUUUGUUUGUUUGUUUGUUUGUUUGUUUGUUUGUGUGGGUGUGUGUGUGCAUGUGUGUGUAUUUACUUCACUUCAAGCCUCAUUGUUAUUGAUUGAAAUUAAUUUUCAUUUACAUGAAGUGACAAAAAUCCCAAAUUUGAAGGAAAUUGGUCAAAUUUUUCCAAAAAAGUAGAGACUGAGCUUCAUGUUCAUUUAACUCAGCUACAACAUAGUAAUAACUGACAUAUAUACAGUAGAUAAUUUUGGGUAGAACGUCUUCUUCCUGAAAUGCCUUUGAUAAAAUGAGUCAAGUUUUCCCAUGAAGGAACUGUGGGAACAGCAGUGUUUUCUAAUGACAUGUUUUAAUCUCACAAUAAGCUGUAAUCUUUAUGUCUGUCGAGGUGAAAAUGUGUAUGUUUGCUGGGAUCUGGGUGGAAAUGAGGAAUCCCUUAUUGUGUUGAAAAGAUUAAUUAAACUGUGAAAUAAAAGUCUUGCUGACA